AUGUUCCGCGUCCCCGCGGCCGCGCUUUGUGCUCCGCAGCCGAAGACGUCGCGCUCUAAACGGACGGCGGCUGGCCGCAGGCCGCACGAAAAGCCAAGCCGUCGCCCGGUGCUCGACGCCGCCUGCCGCUGUAGCCGUCCGUCCGUCCAUUUGUCUGUCCGCUCGCCUGCCAGCCUGCCUGUUCGCCGCCACCGCCGCCCGAGGAUCCUGGGCCGUCCCUUCUUGCCGUCGUCGUCCAGCCGCUGCCCGGAGGAAUUCGCCAGACGCUUUCAUCGCCUGCCGGAAGGGUUGCCGUCCCCUCUCGUUGACGGCUCCUUCCCCGCCGCCGCGUCCUUCGCCGCCGCCGUCGCCGUCCUCCACCGCCGCCGCUGUCUUCAUCCCCCUCUUGCACACCACCACCAUUUCCCACCUCCAUCAUUUUCACCUCCCCCUCAGCUGCUCCAGCCACCAUCACAUGGAACUCACCCGCUGCUCCCAUCCCCGUCUUUCCUUCCCUCCCUGUCCACCCCACUCGGCGCCGCUUUCGCCAGUCACUACCCCCGACUCUCCCUCACCUGUAGCUAUCGCCCCAUCGCCAUCUGCAGACUUCCCACUGCUUCCUGCAUCACCUCCGACACUCUCCAAACCGGUACUGAUUUCCUCUCGCCAUGCCAUGGUCUCUGCGACACCCACGCCCCCACCCCCUGCAUCACCUGCCCCUCAGGGAGGACCUGCCCCCGCCAUCUCCCCCUGCAACCCAUCCCGAAGCCCCCUCUCCACCCUGUCCCAUCCAAGAAACCUUCCAAACGCCCUAAUGUUGACCCUUCCCCUGCCAUCUCCACAAAGAAAAAUUCUGAUCCCCGCAACCCACCCACCCCCAUGGACGCGACAACCGACCCACACCCCUGCCACACCUGA